ACCCUCUCUCCUGUCCCAGGCUGCUGUCCUCCUAGACCCAUGUCCCACGGCCUGAAGGCAGCCUGGCCUGCACCCUUCCAGCGUUUCUGCACCCCUUCUUUCUCACAGGUGGCAGUGCUGACCACUAUGCUGUCCGGGCGAUGGUGGCCAAGUACCUGGGGCAGCCUGGGGCUGGGACCCCGAAGUUCUUCUCAGGGAUCCCAACUCUAUGCCCUCUAUGCCUUUACUUACACUGGGGCAGAUGGCCGGCAGGUGUCCCUGGCUGAAGGAGACAGGUUCCUACUACUUCGAAAGACCAACUCUGACUGGUGGCUGGCCAGGCGCUUAGGAGCACCCUCCACUUCUAGACCUGUCUUUGUCCCGGCUGCCUAUGUGACAGAGGAGGUACCCCACCACAGCCCCAUGGUCAGUGGCUCCAGCCACUCCCUCUGUACUCCAGGAGGGCCAAAGUUGCUGCGUGGCUCCCUGGAAGAAUUGCACCUGUCCCAGGCAUCCCUAAGCAGAGCCCAGGCUAAGUGUGAGCAGCCUCCUCCCCUUCCCCCCAAAAUGUACAGAAGCCUCAGUGUUGCCAAUUUGAGAUCCAGCCAACAGAAGCCCCUCCAGGAUAGACUUAGUGGAAGAGCUCUCUCUCAGGAAGACCUGCUGAUGGAGGUCAAGGCCAGUAAGGCAGAAUCCCAGCCCCUCAUGUCAGAGCCCCCCGUGUACUAUAAUCUGGUGGCCCUCCGCCGCUGUCCUCGAUCCCCGCCGCCAAGCCCCACCUGUCCCCCGCUGCAGAAGUUGGAUGUUUGGGAACAGCACCUGGACCCCGACUCCGGACGCUGCUUCUACAUCAACUCUCUGACGGGCUCCAAAUCCUGGAAGCCCCCACGCCGCAGACGCAUGCCGGACACGACCCCCGGCGCCACGGAGGGCGCCACGGAGGGCACCCAGCCCCAGAACAGGGAGAACGGUGUGCUGCUACCUCAGAUCAAGGGUGCCGGAUGUGACAUGGGGACCCCAGAACUGCCCGACCCACAGGGCUCACCCCGCCUCGGCCAAUGCAUCCCCCAGUCCCACCAGCCUCCCAGCUCGCAGCCUGCACGACCUCUGCCACAGCUCUUGGACGACCCCCAUGAGGUGGAAAAAUCAGGCUUGCUCAACAUGACCAAGAUUGCCCAGGGCGGACGCAAACUCAGGAAGAACUGGGGCCCGGCUUGGGUGGUGUUAGCCGGUAACAGCCUAGUGUUUUACCGAGAGCCGCCACCGACUGCGCCCUCCUCGGGCUGGGGGCCCGCGGGCAGCCGGCCAGAAAGCAGCGUGGACCUGCGUGGGGCAGCCCUGGCGCACGGCCGCCACCUGUCCAGCCGCCGCAAUGUCCUGCACAUUCGCACAGUCCCGGGCCACGAGUUCCUGCUGCAAUCAGACAACGAGAGUGAGCUGCGAGCCUGGCACCGUGCUCUGCGCGCUGUCAUCGAGCGGCUGGAUCGGGAGAACCCCCUGGAGCUGCGUCUGUCUGGCUCAGGUCCCGCUGAGCUGGGGGAGUUGAGCGGCGGGGAGGAUGAUGAAGAGGAGCGGGAGCCGGUGUCCAGGCCUUUUCUGCGCUUGAGCGGCAGCCGGAGUUCGGGUCGCUGUCUCGAAGGUGCCGAGCAGAACCGAGUACGCAACAAGCUAAAGAGGCUUAUAGCCAAGAGACCGCCCUUGCAAAGCCUGCAGGAGCGCGGGUUGCUCCGAGACCAGGUAUUCGGCUGCCAAUUGGAAUCACUGUGCCAGCGGGAAGGGGACACAGUCCCUAGUUUUGUGCGACUCUGCGUUGCCGCUGUGGACAAAAGAGGUCUAGAUGUGGAUGGCAUCUACCGUGUGAGUGGGAACUUGGCUGUGGUCCAGAAACUCCGCUUCCUGGUGGACCGAGAGCGGGCGGUCACCUCUGACGGGAGGUACAUGUUCCCAGAACAGCCAGGACAAGAAGGCCGACUGGACUUGGACAGUGCUGAGUGGGAUGACAUUCAUGUGGUUACUGGAGCCCUCAAGCUUUUCCUCCGGGAGUUGCCACAGCCCCUGGUGCCCUCGCUGCUGCUGCCCCAUUUCCGGGCUUCCCUGGCACUUCCUGAAGCAGAGCAGCGUCUAUCUCACUUACGAGAAUUAAUAGGCUCGAUGCCCAAGCCUAACCAUGAUACUCUACGGUACCUCCUGGAGCAUUUAUGCAGGGUGAUAGCGCACUCCGAUAAGAAUCGCAUGACGCCCCACAACCUGGGAAUUGUUUUUGGACCCACCCUGUUUCGGCCGGAGCAGGAAACUGCAGAUCCAGCAGCCCAUGCCCUGUAUCCCGGCCAGGUCGUGCAGCUGAUGCUCACCGACUUUGCUAGUCUCUUCCCCUGACCAGACAAGGCAAAGAAGGAAAACCUGCGUCCAGCUAGCUGUGAGUUACCUUUUUGGCAUCCUGUUUGGAGAUCAUCACUUUGAAUUGUCUUCCCAGUGGCUAUCUGAGCUAAGAGUCUGCAGUGGGGUGAGGGAGCUGCUCCAGAAGACACACAGGAGGAUUAACUGCACCUUUUGUUACCUGUGGCCACCCUCCCCUGAGAUAACACAUGAAGCAGUGUGGAAUGGCA